AUGGACCCGUUCAACAACGAUGGUAUAGAUCGUCGUCCGGCGAGCGAGGUGCGGAGUCCAUUCACCCUGAUUCCUCCAGCCGUUGCCCCAGACGAUGACGGUAUGGAUCGCCAUCCGGCCGCAGACAUUGCCCAGCUAGGACCUCCACCUGGCGGGUCAACAUCGAUGCGCGUGGCGUCGAGGAAAUAUGGGUGCCUACGCUCUCCUUCGACGAGAAGGCCUGGCGGGCCAUCGUCCUCCGGCGAGCGAGGAGUGCGGCUCAUUCUCUGUGGCCCGAGUUUGAGAGGAAACUCAGCACACCCACGAGACAUUCUCGAGUGGGACGAGCAAUUGCAUUCCCUUAUCCCGUGUUCAUCGUAUGAGCAACAUUCACGGCCCGGGCUCUGUCCUCCGCCCAUCGCGAAGGCUACAUUUGUCGUCGUCGAGCGCACGUCACGAUCUCGUCUUUACGCCACCGGCCAGCAACCAAUUGUCGCGGGGUUGCACCCUCGUUUUGAGCAGCGGGGCUCAUUCUCUUCGGCCUGGGUUUGA